GUCCUACCUACUGCCUUAAAGAAUUUUCAGCUUCUGUCCAGCACAGAUUCGGAGCUCAGCCUCGGGAACACAUCCAGCACCACGGGGUUUCAUCCAGUGUCUCUGGUAAAGUUCUGAUCCCUCUACCAGGCACUAAAAAUGUUAUGGCAGAACCUCCAUCGGUUUGGCCAGAAGUUGGUUCGCCGGCGGCCCCUGGCGGCAAACGAACAGUCUGAGUCUUCCUUGUCUCGAUGUCUGACCACUUUGGACCUGGUGUCCUUGGGUGUGGGCAGUACACUGGGUGCAGGCGUGUACGUCCUGGCUGGGGAGGUGGCCAGAGAGAAAGCUGGACCGUCCAUCAUCAUCUGCUUCUUGAUUGCUGCUCUGUCUUCAGUGAUGUCUGGACUCUGUUACGCGGAGUUUGGAGCCAGGGUACCUUGUUCUGGUUCCGCAUAUCUCUACAGCUAUGUCACAGUGGGCCAGCUGUUGGCUUUUAUCACCGGCUGGAACCUCAUACUCAACUAUGUCAUUGGUGCAGCCAGUGUGGCUCGGGCCUGGAGUGCGGCUUUCGAUGGCCUCAUAGGGAACCAUAUCUCCCAAACCAUGCAGACGACUUUCCCGAUCCAAGUGCCCAGCUUUCUGGCCAAGUAUCCAGACUUUUUUGCGCUUGGUCUGGUGAUAGUCCUCACUGGAAUCCUGGCCCUGGGAGCACGAGAGUCAGCCCUGCUCACCAGGGUUUUCACAGGAGUGAAUCUUUUGGUGCUGUGUUUUGUGUCCCUCUCUGGCCUCAUUAACGGCAAGCUACACAACUGGCAGCUCACAGAGGAUGACUACAAACUGGCUCUGUCAGGAUCCAACAGCACUGACAGCUUGGGACCACUGGGCUCUGGAGGGUUCAUGCCUUUUGGCCUGACUGGGAUUCUCCGUGGUACAGCAACAUGUUUCUUCGCCUUCAUUGGGUUCGACUGUAUUGCGAGUACAGGGGAAGAGGCCCGUUGUCCCCAGCGUUCCAUCCCAUUGGGCAUCGUGACCUCACUCUUCAUUUGCUUUCUGAUGUAUUUUGGUGUUUCGGCGGCACUCACCCUCAUGAUGCCCUACUACCAGAUUAACAUCAACAGCCCCUUGCCCCAGGCAUUUAUCCACGUUGGAUGGGAUCCUGCUCGCUAUGCAGUAGCUGUGGGAACCUUAUGUGCCCUUUCAUCCAGCCUCAUCGGUUCCAUUUUCCCUGUGCCUCGGGUGGUGUAUUCCAUGGCAGAGGAUGGGCUCCUGUUCCGGAAACUCGCCUGUGUUCAUCCUCGAACGCACACCCCUGUCCUAGCCACGGUGCUUUGUGGAACCAUUGCAGCAUUUAUGGCUUUCCUCGUUGAGCUCAGUGAUCUGGUGGACCUUUCAUCCAUAGGGACCCUGCUCGCCUACUCCUUGGUGGCCUUCUCUGUUCUGGUCCUCAGGUACCAACCAGACCAGAACUUAAGCUCUUGUAAGAAGGAGAAAUCUGAGAGUGUAGCUGUUGAGCUGGAGCCUGGACUAGAACUUUCUUCAUGCACGGAGCCUAUUUCUCCAGAAGGGACUCCAGGGAUUGCAAGGAGUCUCUGUAUCCCCACGGAUACCACCCCAACUCUGAGAUCUGGCCGGAUUGUCUAUGGAUGUGCUUCCCUGCUUGUCUUCCUUCUGAUGCUCCUGUGCCUGAUCCUGGCCCAGUGGUCCACACAGCUAUUCUCUGGACACCCAGUUUUGAUAGCUGUGGCUGCUUUACUGUUGCUUCUUACUGUCGGGGUAGUCAUUGUCAUCAGGAGACAGCCUCAGAGCACCACUCCUCUCCACUUCAAGGUUCCAGCCCUGCCCGUGCUUCCUGCACUGAGUAUCUUUGUGAAUAUCUACCUGAUGAUGCAAAUGACUUCUGGGACCUGGAUUCGCUUUGGAAUCUGGAUGGUGAUUGGAUUUGCUAUCUACUUUGGAUAUGGGAUCCAGCAUAGCUUGGAAGAGAAGAAUGACCAACAGCCAACAGCCUCAAGCUCCCAGACUCUCCAGGAACAUACUCCCAGGGUUGAGUUACCUUAA